CCUGCCGACGUGUCCCUCCGGAAGAGGAGCCGGUGAGACCCAGCGACAUGGCGCCCCCGGCCCCCGGCUCGGCUCCCGGCGGCUCCGGCGAGGUGGACGAGCUGUUCGACGUGAAGAACGCCUUCUACAUCGGCAGCUACCAGCAGUGCAUCAACGAGGCGCAGCGGGUGAAGCCAUCCAGCCCGGAGCUAGACGUGGAGAGGGACGUCUUCCUGUACAGGGCGUACCUGGCGCAGAGGAAGUACGGGGUGGUUCUGGAUGAGAUCAAGCCGUCCUCGGCCCCGGAGCUCCAGGCCGUGCGCAAGUUUGCUGAAUACUUGGCUGGCGGGAGCCAGAGGGACGCACUCGUCGCCAGCCUGGACCGCGAGAUGGGCCGCAGCGUGGCGGUGACUGACAGCACCUUCCUGCUGAUGGCGGCCUCCAUCUACGUGCACGACCAGAACCCAGACGCCGCCCUGCGCGCCCUGCACCAGGGGGACGGCCUCGAGUGCGCGGCCAUGACGGUGCAGACCCUGCUGAGGCUCGACCGCCUGGACCUUGCCCGGAAGGAGCUGAAGAAGAUGCAAGAGCAGGACGAGGAUGCCACCCUCACCCAGCUGGCCACCGCCUGGGUCAACCUGGCCCUGGGCGGCGAGAAGCUGCAGGACGCCUACUACAUCUUCCAGGAGCUGGCGGACAGGAGCUUGCCCACCCUGCUGCUGCUCAAUGGGCAGGCUGCCUGCCACAUGGCACAGGGCCGCUGGGCCGACGCCGAGAGCCUGCUGCACGAGGCCCUGGACAAGGACAGCGGACACCCUGAGACGCUCAUCAAUCUCAUUGUCCUGUCACAGCACCUGGGCAAGCCCCCCGAGGUGACAAACCGCUACCUGUCGCAGCUGAAGGACGCCCACCGGGCCCACCCGUUCAUCAGGGAGUUCCAGGCCAAGGAGAACGACUUUGACCGGCUGGCCCUGCAGUACGCCCCGAGUGCCUGAGGCCGCGGCUGGGCCAUCCCUCCACUGCCAUGUCCCCUUGGUGGAGACCAGAGCCUGGAAGCCCGGCCCCAGCCCCCUCAGGCCCCCGUUUCCUGUCAAUAAAUGGCCUGGACCCAUGGGG